CGCUUCCUGGUUGAUGUGGACACAGGAGAACUGCUGGGUGAGGUCUGUUGAGGUAGUGAAGUAAAUAAUGCAGGAAAGCGGCACACUUCAAUCGGAACAGCCUCGGGUUUCAUCGACUUAAUUCGGCUCGAGCCAGUUUGAUGCCGCCGCUCCUCUCGCGCCGCUCGCGCCGCUUCCCGUCCACAGCUCCCAGUUAGCUCCAUGGAGCGUUAGCCGCUAGCGCUACACGCAGGGCGCUGCACCUGUCACCCACGUCUUUGUCUCCCUCCCCGUCCCGCGGCUCCGCGUCCUACCGACCGUGAGUCAACCGACCGCGGUCACAGACACGUUUCCUCCGGACUCGGCUCUCUUCUCCGGUGUGGGGAGGCGUCGCUGUCCGGAAACAAGCCGCCCGGCCGCAGCUCGCCAGACAACAGAAGAUGAACUGAUGACGCCAUGUGUAAUAGGAACUCCGUCUGCGUCCCGCUGGAAGGUUCUGAGCCCAAGUAGCAAGUAGAUACCAACAACAUGGCGUCCUCCAGAGCUAAAGUCGGGGUCCUCAGUGAGCCCCAUGCCCCGAAAGAGAGUAAAAGCAGCGCGAGCGGUUCGGCUGGAGAAGCUGCAGCCAACAACCGGAUGUACUGCCUGGAGGACCUGGAGACCAUGGCCACCGUGGGCACCGGGACCUUCGGCCGAGUGUUCCUGGUGAAGGACAAGAGGAGCCGGGCCUUCUACGCCCUGAAGCAGAUGAAGAUCCCCGACGUGAUCCGGCUGAAGCAGGAGCAGCACGUCCACAACGAGAAGGAGGUGCUGACGGAGGUCAACCACCCCUUCCUCAUCCGCCUGUUCUGGACCCACCACGACGAGCGCUUCCUCUACAUGCUGAUGGACUACGUGCCGGGCGGCGAGCUCUUCAGCUACCUGCGCAGCCGCGGGCGCUUCAGCAACGCCACCGGCCUCUUCUACACCUCGGAGAUCGUGUGCGCCAUCGAGUACCUGCACUCCAAAGAGGUCGUGUACCGCGACCUCAAGCCGGAGAACAUCCUGCUGGACAGCGAAGGACACAUCCGGCUGACCGACUUCGGCUUCGCCAAGAAGCUCUCCGACAGGACCUGGACUCUGUGUGGCACCCCCGAGUACCUGGCUCCAGAGGUCAUCCAGAGCAAAGGUCACGGCCGAGCCGUGGACUGGUGGGCUCUGGGCAUCCUCAUCUUUGAAAUGCUGGCGGGAUACCCUCCGUUCUUUGAUGACAACCCAUUUGGAAUCUAUCAGAAGAUUCUGGCUGGAAAAUUGGAAUUCCCACGUCACCUGGACUUCUACGUCAAAGACCUCAUCAAGAAGUUCCUGGUCAUUGACCGCGCCCGCCGGCUGGGCAACAUGAAGAACGGAGCGGACGACGUGAAGAAGCACCGCUGGUUCAAGGUCGUUGACUGGGAGGCCGUCCCUCUGAGGAAGAUGAAGGUGAGUCGUCUUCUUUCUUCACACAUCUGUGGUGUUGACCGGCUGCCGUUGUCUCCACAGCCGCCCAUCGUCCCCAAAGUGUCCCACGAGGGCGACACCUCCAACUUCGACGUGUACCCAGAGGACGACUGGAAGAAAGACCCCGCCGUGCCUCAGAAGGACUUAGAGAUCUUCAAGAACUUCUGAUCUCCGCCUGGUUUAUUUAUUGGUGGAAUAUGCUGGCGGCGCCACAUAACGUAUCGUCACUGUUCCAGCUGCUAUCAUGGAGAAAACCCUAUUUAUCAAAGCCGGGAUCCAUUUGAUCCCAAAAGACUCCACAUGAGUGAUGCUGUGACAUGUAUCAUACCACAGAGGUGAUUUGCUUUUUAUAUUUUUAUUUAUCUCGACGAACCUUUUUCUUUUUUUUCAAUUUAUUUUGUAUCACUUUUUUCACUGAGCUCAUAUGCAAACAAAUGUUUCCUAUGAAACCUAAAAGACUUACUUUCUAGGUUUUAAACAACGAGAACAAUCAGGUCCUUUUUCAAAAUAUUGUUGUGUUUUUAUACGUUAUCUCUUCUUUUUUUAUUUUUUUUAUGUCCUCUCAUCUCUCAUGUGGCUCCAGACGGCCGCCAGCGGGCCGGUGGUCACGCAGGAGGAGGAGCCUGAGCCUCCUGGACGUGGUGGGGGGGGGAACAGGCACUUGUAAAAGGUCCCUAGAACCCCGGGUCAUCAUCUCUCUCCAUGGGAGGCGCCUGUGAACGGGUCCUCAUCUCUUUGUUACAGUCACAGAUGACCUUGCCAAGACGCUCCUCCUCCUCCCCCCCAUCAUCAUCAUCAUUGCUGCGUGCUCUUAAAGCCACUCAUGUGAGGCACUCGCCACUCUUCAGCGCUACACGACCGUCUUCCUCAGCGUUCGGCUUUAUUGUGCAGACGCUCCGGUCCUAAACCAACCUCACCUGGUUCUGUUCAAUGUCAUUAAAGUGUCCAAGAGACCAUGUGACUUCUGUGCCUCGCGCUGCGUGACCGAGACUCUGCUCUCCAACUGGAAGGACUGAUCCAGCAGUCAUCGUUAGCAAGACGUCCUGGAGACGGGAGGUUCGUUGCUUUAAGGGUGAACUACUCCCGAUCUCAUGUUUCUAUCUAAUCCGUUGCGAAGCCCCGCCCCUUUUGCUCAGACCAGACCAGGGUACGCCGCGCAGACGGCGUAGCGGCUCUGGAGCACGUUAGCGUUGCAACGGGGAGUCGGCACAGAGCCUCUCUGACUCCCACAGGACCGGCGGAGGACACUUGGUGGCGGCUAGCCGGCUGACGUGGUCUCCCGAGGCCGUCUGUGAGACUGUGCUACAUCGAGCAGCCGCCUGACGCGCUCAUCACGCCGCGCGCUCCCUCAGCCGCUGCUUCGCGAUGCUAAUCUCUACGGCACCGCUCAUCUCCACUGACAGAUAUCACAUAGGAAUGCAAAAGAAUGUUAGCUUGACAUUAGCUGGUAAAACACGAUAGCUGACGCGCGGGCGAGGAAGUCCGACGUGUGGUUGUCUUGGUGACGGGUGAGUUGUGCUCCGUGGUGAAUACAGAAACCCUCCACUGAACUCCAUAUUAACCCUCCUGCUGCCUGAGGGUCCAUUUGACCCCAUUCAAUGUUUAACCUCCUGUUACCUUUAUAUUUACUCACAUAUUUUACCCUCGGGGUCAAUUUGACCCCAGCAAUUAAAACCUCCAGAAAAUUCUUAGAAUUAAUAUUGUUUUCCAAGUUUAAGUGUGAGCAUGUCUUAAAGACAUAAAAACAUGGAUGACCUGCAACUUCUUGAUGUUUGUUGACUACCUAAAUAGCCCUUUAAAUAUAUAAAAAAGUUGAUAUUUCUUAUAUGUUUGACAGUGAUAAACAGCCUGGGGUCAAAUUGACCUGAAAGAACACCGACAUUAAACAUUGAAUGGGGUCAAAUUGACCCGAAGGCGGGGGGAGGGUGAAGUAGCGCGGCAGGACGUGGGCGUUGGAGCGGCCUCCAUCUUACGCCUCUUCUUCUUUCGCCUUGGAUGCGCUUAUGCUGAUAUAUCUGAUACGCUCAUAUAACUAAUCAUAUCAACCUGCACGACAUAUCCACAUCCAUGCUGGGCUCAUACGUAUGAAGCAUGUGCAGCAGAGUGUGUGUGGAGCUUUGAUCAUGUCCAGAAGGAAUCCUCACGACGCCUGGACCAUGAAGGUCACUGAAGUGACUGGCGGGACGCGGCUACCCAGCAUGCUUUGCGGUCCGAGCAACCGCAAUUGUUUUGACGUAAUUCCUCGGUUAUGCCGUCAUCACUUCUGACCGGGGUCGCCGCUCUCGCUUCAAUGAAUGGAAAACGCGCCCCGUGCUUUGAGUUUAUGAUUUUUAAAAGUCGACGCAAAAAUCCACCCGUGUUCCCUCAAGGCAUUCUGGGUAGCCACAUCCAGUCAUCCGAGUGUCACAUGCUCUGGUCACUUCACACGCACCACAUCCUGCAUAUAGAGGACGGCUCCCAGAGCUCGUAUAGUGCAUGUGUCUAACCGAGGGACAUCUCCACGUCGCUGGACCUUUGACCUUUAGGCCCUCUGCAUCGCCACGCUCACCGCAUCUCCUUUUGUACCUGCCACGAUGGAACCGGAAGCAAUGGCACAUGUCUGUAGUGACACUUAAAGAGUCUUUGGAAAUGUUUGAAAGUGAUAAGAAAGAAAAUGUUCUCUUCC